AUGGAAGAACUGAAAACUUGCCCAUUCACGAAUGUGAUUCCGUACGGGUUGUUAUAUGAUAAAUUAAAAAAAGAGAAAAAUAAUGAAGUACCAGAAAAUUAUGUAAUAGAAGAAUUUGAUAAGCUGUUAAAAAAUUAUGAGAGACCAAAUGUAUACGAUGAGAUAGGAAAUGCAACAUUUAAGAACGAUGAAGAUUUGAUAACAUUUCAAAUAGAUUUAGAUUAUACAGUAGAGAAUAUAUUUAAAAAUAUGAUAUAUAACGAAGGUAGUUCAAAUAAUAGUAUAUUAAAUGAUAUAUUUAUGCCAUAUAGGAUAUUAUUAAGUAAAGAUAAAAAUUAUGUGUCUGUUCCUAUUAUUCGUAUAUAUAGUUUAAGAAAAGAUGGAUGUAGUGUAUUAAUAAAUGUUCAUAAUUUUUUUCCUUAUUUUUAUGUUGAAAAACCUGAUGAUUUUGAUAAUGAAGAUUUAAUAAAAUUAGAAAUGUUAAUGAAUGAGAAUUUAAAUUUAAAUAGUCAAUAUAAAAUAUAUGAAAAGAAAAUAUUAAAAAUUGAAAUUGUAAAAACAGAAAGUUUAAUGUAUUUUAAAAAAAAUGGAAAAAAAGAUUUUUUAAAAAUUACAGUUUUAUUACCAAAAAUGGUACCCUCAUUAAAAAAAUAUUUUGAAGGUAUUGUUCAUGUAAAUAAUAAAGAAAUUGGUGGAAUUGUAUAUGAAGCUAAUUUACCAUUUAUAUUAAGAUAUAUAAUUGAUCAAAAAAUUACAGGAUCAUCAUGGAUAAAGUGUAAAAAAGGUCAUUAUUAUAUAAGAAAUAAAAAUAAAAAAAUAUCAAAUUGUACAUUCGAAAUUGAUAUUAGUUAUGAACAUGUAGAACCAAUUACUUUAGAAAAUGAAUAUCAACAAAUACCUAAAUUAAGAAUUCUUUCAUUUGAUAUUGAAUGUAUAAAAUUAGAUGGUAAAGGAUUUCCAGAAGCAAAAAAUGAUCCUAUUAUUCAAAUUUCAUCUAUUUUAUAUUUUCAAGGCGAACCUAUUGAUAAUUGUACAAAAUUUAUUUUUACACUUCUUGAAUGUGCCAGUAUACCAGGUUCAAAUGUUAUAUGGUUUAAUGAUGAAAAAACCUUGUUAGAAGCAUGGAAUGAAUUUAUUAUUAGAAUUGAUCCUGAUUUUCUAACUGGAUAUAAUAUCAUUAAUUUUGAUUUACCUUAUAUACUAAAUAGAGGUACAGCUUUAAAUUUAAAAAAAUUGAAAUUUUUAGGUAGAAUAAAAAAUGUUGCAAGCACAGUUAAAGAUUCUAGUUUUUCAUCUAAACAAUUUGGUACACAUGAAACAAAAGAAAUAAAUAUUUUCGGAAGAAUACAAUUUGAUGUUUAUGAUUUAAUUAAAAGAGAUUAUAAAUUGAAAUCAUAUACAUUAAAUUAUGUUUCUUUUGAAUUUUUAAAAGAACAAAAAGAAGAUGUACAUUAUAGUAUAAUGAAUGAUUUACAAAACGAAAGUCCAGAAUCUAGAAAAAGAAUAGCAACAUAUUGUAUUAAAGAUGGUGUAUUACCAUUAAGAUUAAUAGAUAAAUUAUUAUUUAUUUAUAACUAUGUUGAAAUGGCUAGAGUUACUGGAACACCAUUUGUAUAUUUAUUAACACGUGGACAACAAAUUAAAGUUACAUCACAAUUAUAUAGAAAAUGUAAAGAACUAAAUUAUGUUAUACCUAGUACAUAUAUGAAAGUUAAUACAAAUGAAAAAUAUGAAGGAGCAACUGUACUAGAACCUAUUAAAGGUUAUUAUAUUGAACCAAUAUCGACAUUAGAUUUUGCAUCUUUAUAUCCAUCUAUUAUGAUUGCACAUAAUCUAUGUUAUUCUACUCUAAUCAAAAGCAACAAUGAAGUUUCAGAUUUACAAAGUGAUGAUAUCACAACAAUACAAGGAAAAAAUAAUUUAAAAUUUGUUAAGAAAAAUGUUAAAAAGGGAAUUCUCCCAUUAAUUGUAGAAGAAUUAAUAGAAGCUAGAAAAAAAGUUAAAUUAUUAAUCAAAAAUGAAAAAAAUAAUAUAACCAAAAUGGUACUUAAUGGUAGGCAAUUAGCUCUCAAAAUUUCAGCAAAUUCUGUAUAUGGAUAUACAGGAGCAUCAUCAGGUGGACAAUUACCAUGUUUAGAAGUAGCUGUUUCUAUUACUACAUUAGGCAGAUCUAUGAUUGAAAAAACUAAAGAAAGGGUAGAAAGUUUUUAUAGUAAAAAUAAUGGAUAUGAACAUAAUUCGACAGUUAUCUAUGGAGAUACAGAUUCUGUUAUGGUCAAAUUUGGAACUAAUAAUAUUGAAGAAGCCAUGACACUAGGAAAAGAUGCAGCAGAACGUAUUAGUAAAGAAUUUUUAGCACCUAUAAAAUUAGAAUUCGAAAAAGUAUAUUGUCCAUAUUUAUUAUUAAAUAAAAAAAGAUAUGCAGGGUUAUUAUAUACUAAUCCAAAUAAACAUGAUAAAAUGGAUUGUAAAGGAAUUGAAACUGUAAGAAGAGAUUUUUGUAUAUUAAUACAACAAAUGAUGGAAACUGUUUUAAAUAAAUUAUUAAUUGAAAAAAAUUUAAAUAGUGCUAUUGAAUAUACCAAAAGUAAAAUAAAAGAAUUGCUAACAAACAAUAUUGAUAUGAGUUUAUUAGUUGUAACGAAAUCAUUAGGAAAAACAGAUUAUGAAACAAGGUUACCACAUGUAGAACUAGCCAAAAAAUUAAAACAAAGAGACAGUGCUACAGCACCUAAUGUUGGAGAUCGAGUUAGUUAUAUAAUUGUUAAAGGUGUUAAAGGACAAGCACAAUAUGAAAGAGCAGAAGAUCCUUUAUAUGUUUUAGAUAAUAAUCUUGCUAUAGAUUAUAAUCAUUAUCUAGAUGCAAUUAAAAGUCCUUUAUCUAGGAUAUUUGAAGUUAUUAUGCAAAAUUCAGAUUCCUUAUUUUCAGGUGAUCAUACAAGACAUAAAACUAUAUUAACAUCAAGUCAAACUGCCUUAUCCAAAUUUUUAAAAAAAUCAGUUAGAUGCAUAGGUUGUAACAGUUCCAUAAAAAAACCACCUCUAUGUAACCACUGUAAAGAAAAUAAAGAAUUCUCUAUCUAUAUGCAAAAAAUUAAAGAUUUUAAGAGUAAACAAAAUGAAUUCUUUCAAUUAUGGACUGAAUGCCAACGAUGUCAAGGAAAUUUACAUGUGGAUGUUAUAUGUAUGAAUAGGGAUUGCCCUAUAUUUUAUAGGCGAGCAAAAAUUAAAAAGGAUGUAGCUAACUUACAGGAACAGGUUACUUCAUUAAGAAUGGAUUGGUGA